AUGACAGAUAUUGAUAGAUUCCAGUGUGCCGAUCCGCGAGAUCGCUUGUAUGGUGUUUUGAACCUCAUGGACUGGAAAGACGGACAAAAGCCCACACCUGAUUACAACAAGGACAAUUUCGAGGUUGAACUCGAUGCUCUCAAUGUCAUCUUGGAACUAAACCCACUAGAAUCUUGUUGGCCUGAGAAAUUGAUCGAAAUUUUUCAUGUUACGUUGGCAGUCGAUUCUCUUCAGCACGUCAUCGCAGCGCGUUCCAACCUUAUCCCGAGUCUCCCUGCUUCGACCCGCAGAACUUAUGCGUAUCGCAGUUCAAAAUUCGAUUACAGGGGUAGUUUGCAGAUUGACAAUGUUGAAGCAUCGCCAAAAAAGUAUGGGUUGUGGAUACAUGCGCGAGGUCAUUAUACGACGCUCACGAUAGGCCGCAAGGAUAAUCAUUCAAGCGAUCAAUUAUGA